AUGGUGUUAACCCGAAGAUCUCAAGAGCGACCUGACGAAGAGAUGGAAAGUGCCCACCAAGUUCUAUCAGCGAGCAACCUCGCCGGAAACAAUGGAGAACGACCCCCACGUCCGGGGAACGGCGGCACUACCACCACCGCUCAAACCGCUGGCCAUGGAGCAAGUGGUCAAACUACAGUCACUGGACAGACAACUACUGGGCGUACCACCAAUGCCACUGCCGCAGAAGGUGGUGCUACUGAUGGCACCACCAGAAGAGGUAAUACUAGAAAUUUUGUCCCACCUACUGACGGUGUGGGCCAAGCUCAGACUGGCCGCAGCCCUGGCAUCUUUACGCCGCGGAAUGAACCCCAUAUACCUCAAACCUACCCUCGGGAGGUCCCUACCCCAAGGAACCAGAGGGAGAGGGUGGUCUAUGGACCUAAAGAGCGCCCAAGGAACCAAGAAAAGACUAGGAGUCACCCCUCCAACAGGGUUCCCCGCAAUAAUAAUCGACUACCCCCGGCUGAUGAGGAAGUCUUACCCGGUCAUCAUAUGGGACGCGAUGACUCCCACAAUGUCCGCCAAAGGCGGAGUGGUGGAUCUAGAAACAAUAAUGGUGAUCAUGGCAGAAAUAGUGGAAGGAAGCCCCAACGUAGGGAGUGGCAACCCCGCGAUCAACGUGGCCAACCACGAGAUGGCAAUGAUCACCCAAGAAAUAGUAGGUCCAGGGGGAGAAGAGAAGACCCUGAGGUCAACAGUGACUACCAUCCAAACUACUCUGACGGCCAUGGUGAUGAUGAAGCUGAAAGUCGGGCUAACAACCAACCAAAUCCUGAUCUGGGGGGUUAUCAAGCAAGAGGGCCGUAUGCCCCUAAUAGGCAACAUCAACCUGAAAAUCCACCCCAAAGGGGUAGGAAUGACCAAGUACCACCCCCGGCUGAUGGAAGGGCUGAUAGUCAGAACGCUGGAGGAAGGCCAAGAACAGGGUCAGUUUUUGAACGGGUAGGCCCCCGAGGGGGUAGAGACCUGCGGGACGCCCUCAACAGAAAUAGAGACAAUCGUGGUUCCAACAUAGUGAACCCACCUGAGCCAGACAAAAGGGACCAAGCGAAUUUUGGUGCCAAUAUUGCUCAAACAGCCACAGAUCCGGUGAUCAGGCUCGGUUGGACAAGUUAA